UUCCUUUAUUUAAAAAAAAAAAAAAAUUGGCUUUUGUCUCAAUGAUCUUUUCUCCACACAUCCUCACCCAAGGAGCCCGAGAAGCCUCCAGCAGGCCAGCUCUCCUGCAGCAGCUCCUACAGGAUGAAGGUCUCCGUGGCUGCCAUCCCCCUCCUCCUCCUCUUCAUCACCCCCAUCGCCCUGGGAACCCGGGCUGAACUCUCCCCACGAGGCCCCUACCACCCCGCCGAGUGCUGCUUCUCCUACAUCACCCGCGUUGUCCCCCGUCAGCGGAUUACGGACUACUACGAGACCAGCAGCGAGUGCUCCAAGCCCGGAGUUGUCUUCAUCACCAAAAAGGGCUACUCCAUCUGUGCCAACCCCCGGGAUGACUGGGUCCAGGACUACAUCAGGGACCUGGAGAAGUGAGUGAUCCAGCCAGGUGGCAAAGGCACAGCUCAGAGACCCAAGGAGAGGAGGCCAGGGCCCCUCUGUACCCCCAACUCUCAGCCUCAGCCACCCCCGGGAGUUUCCCUGACUUGAAUUAAAGACCAUUUAAACCCUUC